CUCUCUCUCUCAAACCCUUCUUUUUACCCCCAAAAAUCUAACAGAAACAUUAGUGUAUGUGAGGGAGUGUGCUGUGUAAUUAAAAAACACAGCUAUGUCUUCAAACAAACCAUGGAAGCUCUCUCUCUAAUCCUCCUCUGUUUACCGGUUAAAACUACAAUGUCUGGGCCGUCAAGAUGAAGGUCUUCUUGAGAGGUAAUGAUGUGUGGGAAUCUGUAGAAAAGGGCUUCAAUCCUCCAUGGUUACCCCAAGAUCCAAGUUUGGGUCAGUUGAAGAACCACGCCGAUUAUGUUGCAGGAUCCUACAAAGCUUAGUCGUUCAUACAUAGUGGGCUUUCUGGUGAAAUUUUUCCUAGGAUUAUGAGAGCUGAGACAGCUCAAGUAGCAUAGGAAAAAUUGAAGAAAGAAUGCAAAGGAGAUGAAAGGGGCAAGGGCCAGAAAAUAGUUACUCUCAGGAUAGAGUUUGCCAUGUUGAAGAUGAAGAAUACAGACUGUUCAUCAGUAUUCUUCAAAGUUGAGGAGUCCUGUGAUUUGAAGGUAAUAACGGUUGCUGAAUUUAUUGGCAAGUUGCAAGCUCAUGAACAUCGGGCUGUCCCAAGAGCUGAAGAAACAGCUGAGGGUGCAUUCCAGGCUAAGGAAAAGCAACAUGCAGCUGGUUAUGGAAGAAGGCAGCUUCCUAGCAAAGCUGAGAAAGGAAAAGCUGUUGAUGUUCAAUCACAGCAGCUACAGAAGGACAAAUUUCCACCAUGUCCUACUUGUAAGAGGACAAAUCAUGAAGAAAAAGAUUGCGGGUAUAAGUGGAAGCUGUGGUGAUUCCUGCUAGUGAAGAGAUGCACGCAGGCAAAUACAGCCAUCCGUGGAUUUUGCCAGUCCUCUAGAGUCUCAGAGGUAGAGUUCAAUGACACAUCACUUGAUUCUUAUUUUUCUUCAAGAGUUCAGCUUUCUGGUAAAUGUGUGUAAAAAUGAUCAUAAAUUGGUUUUUCUGUGCACGUGUCUGUGUGAGUUUUGCUGGUUCCUUGUGUUCUGAAAAUAUUUUCCAGGCCACGGGACCAAUGCUACAUUAUGUUAAUGGAACUGGAAUUGCAGUGACAGGAGAUGAGGCAAACUGUGCAAAUGUUAUACUUGUACACAGCUCAUGCAUUGAAUGGUAUUUCAUCUGUCAUUCUGUUUACUUGUAUUUGAAUGAGUGGGAUAUUAUGCGUUUUUGGUAUAGGACCAAAUUCCUGUAAAAUGUAAUCAUGGUGUGCUAGAUUAGUUUCACUUGUGACAUUUCAUUUCUCUUUCUAUUUGAGGAAGAUUAAUAACACCUGAAAACACCGGGCACCACAAGUGUACUGUGCUGAUGAAUCUGUCAAGAAUCUGAAGGCAGAAUUGGUUAGGGGUUCAAAGCUCAAGUGCAGCCAAUGCAGGCUGAAGGGAGCAGCACUAGGCUGUUAUGUGAAAUCCAGCAAGAGAAGUUAUCAUGUUCCGAGUGCAAAGGAGAUUCCUAAGUGCCACUGGGACUUUGCAAGUCCACUACCCCUUGUUCCCUUGUCUAUUUUUUGUGGCUUGAGUUGUAUGGCCAAGAAUGUUUUUGUUUCUGUACCUUUGUUAGAGGAUGAGUUGCUUCUGCUCUGUCCAUCUCAGUCUUCAGUCAAAUUUCCAAGUAAGAGGUUUGGAAAUUCUACCUCAAAAUAUUGUGCAGCAACAACUCAAAUGUAAAACCUCGAUCUCUAAUCUCUUGUACUGCUUUAUUGAUCGGCAACUGAAUUGUUUUACUGG